UCUCUCUCACAGUCGCUCUCAAACACUCGCACCGACAGCAAUCAGCGCGGACUACACAGGACAUAUCCUACUCAAUCAACGGCUUGCAGAGAUGGCAGGUUGCAGGACAGCUCUGUGGAUUUGUCUCUUAGCAACGGUGUACCAGAGAUGCUCCUCGUCUCUCAGUAGUUUCUCCAACUCCCUCAGUUUGACACGUACUGUCCGCUCCCACGUCCAGCAGCUCCUACUGAGAUACAAAGAAGAACAAUUAGGAAAUAUACACUUUGAUGACAAGAGGAUUGCAUUAAACACACUACCAUCAGUCACCAUAAACUAUCGGACCUGGCUUCAGAUGGAGGAUGCUGAGCGCUUGUACCGUGCUUCUCGUGACCUUCAGCUGUUCUGGUCUCACCUGGAGAGUCAGCGUCAGAAACUGCAGGGAAGCAGCGAACAAGUUGGAGAUAGCGAGAUGAGGAGGAGGAACAAGCGAGGAAGACCACUUCGGUCCUUGUCCCAGAGCAUUCUGGGAAUCCAGCUGGACCUCCGGGACCUCAUGAGACAAGUGAACUCUCAGCUAAACAGAAUGACCACAUUAAAGAAGAAGGAUGUCUACACACACACACCUCCAACUCCAUCCACCACCUUCUCCACCUCUGUUUCAUCCUCGUCCUCCAGCUCGAUCUCCACCAUCUCUCCGCCUGGCUCCACUCGCUCAGUUCUGGACCUCAUCCUGUCCUCCACGCUCCGCAGCACAGACGUCCGGUCGGCCCCUCAGCCCGAAGAGGACGAGCCUUCCCCGACCACGGUGCAGCAGAGGUCCGACUCGUCUCAGUGGGUGUCGGCUGUGGAGGGCUACGUCAUCCUUCGUGACCUGGAGCGAUACCUGUGCAGGCUCGUGAGGGAUUAUACACUGCUGAGGGCUAAAUCCUGAUAUGUAAACCAGUAAACGGCAGAAAACCUGCACACAUGAGCACAUUCCAAUGCAGCUGAGACAAGGGUUUUCAGCCCUCAUUUGAUUUAGGAUUUAUUUAUUUUUGCAAAACUAUUUAUUAUUUAAACACGAUUUUGUCUUCUUUUUUUUGUUUUUUUUUUAAACUUGUAAUAAUUAUGUCAUUUCUGAGAUCCCUUAGAAACAAUGUGAUUCACAACACUGCUGUGUAUCUGCCUAUUUCCUUUAUUUCAGGCCACUGUUUACAUUUUUCCGGGUCUGAAAUAAUCCCCCAGCGCUUUUUCUCUGAAAAAAAAAAAAGGUUCAGAUUCGGCUUCCUGGCUAGUCGAAUUUAUGCUUUACAACAGGGAGCCAAAAAUGACUAGUGACAAACUAGCAUCUACUAGUGAGUAUCACGUCAGAUUAACCUGUAAUUUGAUGUUCAUUUCAUUUUGUCCUUGAGUAAGAAAUUCCAGGAUACCUCACAGCCAUCAAGUUGUGCUUUCAAAUGUUAUUAAUAAUCUUAUUUUUUACUCUGACUAGGAGGGGAUUUCUGGUUUGAAUCCCCCUAAAAUAUUGCCAAAUAUUGUGGCUGGGUCAUGUAUUGCGCAAUAAUUGUGCAAAGCAUCAAGUGAUCUUUAUAAUUCCUCCAAAAAAAAAAAAAGCUUAUAGAUCGCACUUUAAGUAAUCAAACUUGACUUGAAUCGCCACCAUUUUCAUCACUGCCGCUUCUGCAAAGUGUGAAGAGCUCCAUCACAUAGACUCAUCACACUUAUCACCUGCCCACGCCUCCAUAUGCGACAAGCGCUUUCAGCGCACUCUUGGAAUUUUUGCAAUAGAUCUACAUUCAUGGAUGUUUGGUAGUUUAUCCGAGCGAGGGCUUGAAUCCUGGGUGGAUUUGACUGAUUAUUGCUGUUAUUUAUUUCCUAUCCACUGUGAAUUGAGAACCAAGUACAGGGUUUUUGACAGUAUUAUUAUCUGUUACAGUGUUAAAUAAGAGUUUACAGCUGGACUGUGUUGAACCAAUGCACAGGAUUAGACACAGUCUUGCAGUCUUACUUCUUUCACCAUUUCCUCCCAGAAUAGUAUCGGUUUAGAAUGUGAUAGAAAGAAAUCGCUGUGGUAUUUCCCAAACAAACCCAGACUUCCUGCUUCGUCUGUGCAGCAGCUAAUAGCAGAGCAGAGGGAUUGGCUGUUCUACUCACCUUCUCCACCCUGUACUUGCCAUUCUCAUACACUUAUUUAUUUAUUUAUUUAUUUAUUUUUAUACUUAUUUAUUUAUUUAUUUAUUUAUUUAUUUAUUUGUUCAUUUAAG